GAAUUCAAAGGUAUCAGGCAAAAGAACAUAUGCACAAGAACCCAAAAACAAAACCUAGCCACAUAACACACUUGAGAAUCAUUUGAUACUGAAACGAAAUUGGAGAUAAUGCCAUGGAUGCUAAGGACGUCGAUAUGAUGGAUUCCGAUGCUCCGGUGACAUCUUCGUCACCAGUUCCACCAGGAACCCCCGAACUUUCCUCCGUCUCCCAGCAAAUUGAAAUUGCGAGAGGAUUACUCACAGUAGCUCGCCAACUCAUUGAUCAGGGCAAGCCUUCUCAAGCUCUUCAAGCGGUGUUGACUGCAAUGAGAGCCAAAGGAGGAGAAGCAGCUGCUGUUCAAACCCUAAAUCGAGCUAAUGAACUCUACAGAAACAGAGUAAAUGAAAGGGCCGCUGAUGAGCUAGCUUCAUUGUUUGCUGAAUGUGCAAUUGAAGAAGCUUUACCUGCAAUCCCCACUACCACCACCACCACCACUACCACCACCAACCACCCAUCUAUUGAACCAGAUGCUGGCGGCACUUCUAUACUGACAGAGACCGGGAGAAAACAGAUCAUGGUGGAUGCAUUCUCUGAUGGCAGUAGCUUUGUGUGUGUACAAUGUGGUGGCCUUGUUAGCAAUGAUCGCAGGGAUGAACACUAUGCAUUCUGGUGUGGCCGUGUGUAAAUGGUGAGAUCCAGUUUCAUGGUUUUUUCAUGAUAUUGACAUGUAAUGGUUUUAGGUGUAAUAGAACAUCUCUUAAAGCGAAUUGAAUUUGCAUCUGCAAAUAAUAAACCAAUAUAAAUCCCAUAUACAACUUUCAUGAAAAGAUCUGUAGUAUGCGGGUUUCAGCUGAUUGUUGAUGAAAAUUUGAGCUUGGAAGACAUAA